GAAUUGCAAUCAGUCAAGAGCCUCCAACCGCAUCAGCCGCACAGACCCCUCUACGAACACACAAAAAACUAUUAAAAAAAAGCUGUUAAAAAGCGAAAUUAAAAAACAAAUUGUUUGUUUUAAGAAAGUAAAUAUUUUUGGUGAACCCUUUAAUUUUUUUUUUUGGUUGUUGACAAUUGGAAGUGCAAGUGUGUAGAGAUAAUUAAUACGGGCUAACUAAAAUAAUAACUAAAAAAUAACAACAAACCGCAAAUCAAUCAAAAAUUAAAUUAAAAAAAAAAAUUAAUAAGUAAACGCAACGGCGUUUAAAGCCGCGCGCAAGUCGCUAACAAGCCGCACGGCAACCGCCAAGACCUCUCUGCCGGUAGGGAGCUGUCGCAAUUUGAUCUUUCCGUGAAUUAAACUGUUUAUUGUUUAAAUAUUUCCCCCAAGCCCAGUGAGAGAGAGAACCUAGAAUUAAAAACGACAAAAAAACGAACAAAAAAUAAAAAAAUAUUUUAACGUCUUAAAUUACAAAAGCCUCGACAAGUCGCGUCUCUGAUAAGCAGAACCCAAUAGAAAAUAAACCAACAGGCAUGGAGGUGGAAAGCGAUUUGGGAGACAUACAGAACGAGGAACUGCUGAGGAAAAUGUGGCAGCAGUCCGAGGACAGCGAACGCAAGAAGCAGAUCCGAUCGCAUCUCUACAAGCUGCGCGAGUCGCGACUUUGCAACCUCUACAGGCACGACCCAGAUCCAAUGUCGGAACCGAACGGAAACGGAAACGGUAACGGAACCAGCACCCUGGCCGGGUAUGGAGGCAAGGAUCCGCUGGCCACCAGCCAUGGGGACGUCCUGCUGGACCAGAACUUCCAGAGCCUCAAGUCCAAGGAGGUGAGGGACUCGACCAGUCCCACCAACGAGCUCCGCUUCCAUUCGAUGUCACUGACGCAGCCGAACACCACCGGAUGGGAUGUGCAGACCUCCUCGGAGGUGAGUCCCGAUGGCAGGGCCUAUCGCACCGAGACUCUGGCCAAGACAGACGGCGUGGAGAAGCUCAAUGGUGGUGGCCUGGCCGAGUUCAAAGGUCGCAACGAACAGGUGUCGAGUGCCUCCCACCAGGGCGACGACAAGAACUUCGUGAAGCAGGCCUCCGAGAGCUCCAAGACCCAGCUGCAGGAGAAGGUGGUCUUCGGGGACGAGAACAGCGGUCGCACCGAAAUGAAAAUGAGCUCCACCUCGACCUCAUCCUCCUCGAAGGUGGUGUCCUCCUCCUCGACCACGGAGUAUGGCGGCGAGGAGCCGCGCUACCUGCAGGACACCAGUCACCAGGAUAGACAGCAGCGGGAGUGGGAGCAGGAGCAGCGCUACCAGGAGCAGCGACUCCAGGAGCAGAUCCAGCGACAGGAGCAACAGUUCCGUCAGCAGGAGCAGCUCCAGCGACAGGAGCACCAGCAUCGUCAGGAGCAGCAGCAUCGCCAGGAGCAGCUGCAGCGACAGGAGCAACUGCAGCGACAGGAGCAGCAACAGCACCAGGAGGAGCGCUUCUCGGAGAGCCGCAACGUCCAGACCCAGCAGCACUACGAGGAGAACAAGCGCUACGUGGACAUGGACAAGGCCUCCCCGGAGUACCAGCGCCACGUCCAGCACCUGAUGGCCCAGCCCGGUGAGAUCAUCUCCAACACGGUGGAGUAUCCGAAGCCCAAUGUCAAGAUGAUCACCACCGUGAAGCGACUCCCGGACGGCACAAUUGUGAAGAACAAGCGCUACGAAACGGAGCAGGUGAAUCCCAGCCAGAGUCAGACGAGCCAUCACCAGACCCACACCCAGAACAAGACCCAGGCGCAUCAGAAUCUUCAACAGAAUCAGAACCAGAACCGGCGUCAGGUGCAGGACGUGCAGGAUAGUCAGGUGGAGCGGCAGGAGCGCCAGGAGCGACAGGAUCGCCAGGAGCAUGUGACCCAGUCGCAGAGCUUCUCCUCGGUGAAGAAGUCCAGUCGCCGCUUCUCCACGGAGACCACUUCGGAGACCGUCGAGGAGUACGACGAUCGCGGCCAGCCCCUCUCCAGGAUCCAGCAGAAGCCCACGACUCAGCAGGUGCCAUCGCACCCCUCGGCCCAGCACUCGCCGCGCCAGUCGCCGGGUAGGGACUUCAGCACCCACGGCUUCCCCUCGGUGCGUCCCAACAAGCCCACCCAGGAGUACAUCAGCCAGAGGCCCACGACGGCCGGCCCGGACGGCGAGGAGGUGGUGGUGGUGCGCUCCGAGAAGAGCCGCCAGGUGAAGCAGCAGACUAGCUCCCAGCGGACCACCGAAACGGAGGUCCUAGGCGGCGAGGAGCAUCAGCCCAGCUGGGAGCAGCCGGCCACGAACAGGCGCCAGCCCGUCGAGGACUUCAGCACCCAUGGGUUUCCGUCGGUGAGGUCGGCGCCCCACUCCGACCAGCCAGACGGGGAGGCGCUGCAGUCGGCCAAGCUGGUGAGCCGCAAUCAGAGCGCCAGCCGGAAGACCAACACGGAGAGGAUCAUCGAGACCCAGGUGGAGGGGCAGCCCAAGUCCCACUCCCCCCGGCAGGGCAGUCCCUCGCGCCGAUCUCAGCCCCGUGAGGAUUACAGCAUCCAGGGCUUCCCCUCGGCCCGCACCCCGGCAGCCGGCAAGCCCAGCCAGCCCCAGCGUCCCAGCAGCACCACCAAGACCACCACGACAAGCACCACCACGAAGUCCUCGACUCCGGAGCCGAUCACCCGCCGGCAGUUGCAGAAGGAGCGCGAGGUGGACGCGGCCCAUCGGGCGUUCGCCGCCUCGCUGCGCAGCAGUUCGCCGGCGGAGAGCACCACCUCGACCGGAUCGCAGCCGCACCACCGGGAGUCGCCGCAUCAUCACCAGCAGACGCCGCGCUCCAGCAUCUCGUCCAGCCGCACCUAUCGCCGGGAGAUGCGCGAAGGCUCCCACGAGAGCCAGGCACCGUCCGAGUCGAGCCGGAUUAGCUCCACCACGGUGACCCGGCACUCGGGUGGCAACAACACCACCAGCAGCACCACCACCACCACAACCACCAAGAAUAAAGCGACCAAGGCACCGGUUCGAGGUCCCAGCGAGCCGAGAUCCCCCACCCCGAAGACGGGAGGAACUGUGACCUCCACCACGACCAUCACCAGCACCACCAAGUCCAGUCCCAGUCCAGUUCCGGCAGUUCCGGCCUCACCCACUGCCACCACGGCGCCAGAUAACAAGCUAUCACAGUAUACGUAUACUACCACUAAGCCUGGCGAUAUAUUCUCUCUGCCACCAACUACUCCUCCUACUAUUAACAACGAACCGACACUAACCACCACCAAACCACCACCACAAGAACCAACAACCAGAACAAGCUCCAACUCCAAGUCCAAGUCCAUCCAGAACCACCAAGAAAAAGAUAAUGAAGCCGAUACCGAUACCGAUACCGAUUCCCAGCCGAUCCGAAAGCUUCAAGUUAGUAGUAAUGAGGCGAUGGCGGCGUCGGUGGUGGAGGAGACUCCAUGUGUGAAGCGACACUAUUACAAGCUGGGAAACGAGGGCUCCGGGGAAGUGCCCGUGGGUGAGAGCACCCCCGAGAAGUCCCCUGCCAGCAGGAGGUCCCAUCCGCAGAGGAAGUCCUUCGACGAGCAGCCACAACCGGAGUUCCAGCCGAGGCGGAGCUCCAAGUCGCCCAGCGUGGAGCGACGGACGGUGCAGCGGGAAACGACGUUCGAGGGACGCCGCGUCUCCCAGCCGGAGGAGGAGCAGUUCUCCAUUGAUGAGCUAAUCCUCAUAGAGCAGCUCAAUGGAGCUCCGGGUGUGCCCAAGUUGCGGGAGACGACUCCAGAGCCCCAACAGCCCAAAGCUUCUCCCAGGAAGAGCCCCGAGAAGGAGGUUGGCCAGCCGGAGAAGCACGCCCAGAGUCCUGGCUGGACUCAGCCCAAGGUGUCGCCCCGGCAGAGUCCGGAGAAGCAAGUACCCCGGGCUCAGAGUCCGGAGAAGCAAGUACCCCGGGCUCAGAGUCCGGAGAAGCAAUCACCCCGGGCUCAGAGUCCGGAGAAGUCGUCGCCACGACAGAGUCCUGAGAAGCAGUUCCCAGGAACCGAAACUCCCGAGAAAGCACCGGCACCUCGCGUCUCCCCCCGCCAGAGUCCCGAAAAGCAGCUUGCCCCUCAAGAGAAGCCCCGUCAGAGCCCCGAAAAGGAUCUCCCGAGCCAACAGCGCAGAGAGGAGGAGAUCUUCCGGAGCACCAUCACCACAUCGCAGAAACGAACCACCAAGAAUCUAAACGAAGAAUUCCUAACGAACGAACGAGAUAACCAGAAUCAGACGAACGAAAAAACGAAGCCACAAGUCCCGGACGAGGACGAGGACGAGCCGGAAGCUCAGCCUAUUGAGAGUCCUGACGGCACCUUCCUGUCCAAGAGUCCGGAAGCCGAACCCGAAGAGGACCAGCCCCCCACUUACCGGAAAAAAGGACUGACUCGCCGUGAAACCUUCGAGGAUCGUUGUCGAAAAAUCCUGGGCAUGGAAGAGGAUGGCGACACCCAAGGAAACUACACUCCAAAGCCGGAUGAUGAGCAGGACGACGAUCAGGAGGAUCGGGAGCAGGUUACUCAGACCACUCUCGAGACCAUUGAGGUGAAGAUCGAAGACUGCCCGGACGACAGUGACGAUGAUCAGCCGCGCCGAGUGACGGAGACCUUUGUGGUUCGCACUCAGCCGAAGAUCAAGGUGGAGGAGGAGCUCCUCAUAGAUGUGACGGAGUGCGAGGAGGUGGAGGCCUCUACGCAGACUCCCCAGAAGGACCAGGGCCCGAAAUAUCCCAAGGAGCAACCUGAAAAGGACCUGCCCAAAGCAACUCCCAAGUACCCGAACGCACAGGAGACUCCCAAGUAUCCGAAGGAGCCAGAAGCUCCCAAGUAUCCGAAAGCUCAAGAAAGUCCUAAAUAUCCGAAGGAGCCAGAGCUUUUUAAGUAUCCGAAAGAGCCAGAAACUCCGAAGUCUCCCCGGAAAGAAGAGACUUCCAAGUCUCCCAGGAAGGAAGAUACUCCCAAGUCUCCCAGGAAAGAAGAGACCCCAAAGUCUCCCAGGAAGGAAGAGACUCCCAGGAACCCCAAGGAUGACGCCGAAACCAUCACCGUAAACGAGCAAACCACCAUAGUCAUCACCAAGAAGGGCUCCAAGUCUCCCUCUCCUUCGCCCGAACGGAAGACUCCAAGGACUUCCCAGCCUGCUUCGCCCACCAAACCGGAUACCAGCUUCCUGGCCGAGAAAGUCAUCGACUGUCAGGGAAAGACUGUUGUGGAGAAGAUUACCAAGAAACCGCGCUCUCCCAGCCCCACUUCUCCCAAGAAGGCAACAAAGCCGGGCCAAAAGCACCCGGAGAAGGAGCCCGCCACAGAGUCCGAGCCGGAAAAGGACUCCGAACCGGAGACCAAGGCGAGUCCGAAGAAAUCCACGGUGAGCGUCACCAAAACGGAAACCGAACGUCGCAAUUCGCGAACCACAAAAGCGAAGCAACCUGUGGCUCCGAAGGAGUCGCCCUCCAAGGCCCCACAGCCGAAGAGUCCUCGCAAGGACUCGCUGAACGAUCGCAAGCGGGACAGUCUGGUUGAGGAGACUCGGACCACUACAACCACUACCACGGCCACCACUCGUCCGGGUCGCAAGCCCAGCGACUCCAACAUCAAGGACCGCCUGCGGUCCUCUCCUCGCAAGCAGAAGACGUCGCCGCAGCCGACAAGGACACCCACACCAGCCCAAGCUCGUGUCCCCGAGGAUAACGUGGACGGGGACUCCACCUCUCCGGAUGUCAGUCCCUCGAGGGUGAGCACCGAGCGCCGGCGAUCGAGCAACAUUUCGGUGCACACGGAGAUUAUAAUUGACCACACGGCUCCCAAGUCCCCGAGGACGGAGCGACGUCCUCAGAACACCAAUGGAGUGGCCCCCAGUCCGAUCCGGAAGCUACCGGUGACGGAGCGCAAGGAAUCGGCGCCUGUGCCGCGAGUAACCCGUCGGGAGAAGAACGAAAAGGUGACUCGCUCCACCAGCGAGAACAUCAUUAAGGUGAGUCCGGCCAAGCCGCGUCCGGAGAUGAGCAGCCUGAAGCCGGUCGGAGAGCCGCGGAGCCGGCCCAGCAAGUGCUGCACCACCAAGACGAUCAACCUCAGCGAGCAGAGGAUCCACAACUCCACCGACAUCGAGGGCAUCAUCAUCGACAUCCAGCAGGCGAAGAGCUCCCGGGAGCCGUCGCCAGAUCGCAUUGUUCCGACUCCGGUGCCGGCUGACGUGGAAACGGGCAAGCCGCGCUAUCCGGACGUCGUCCAGGAGCCGGAUGACGAGCCGCGCCGCAAGCCGCAGGUCACAAACAUUCCCAUCUUCGAGGAGGAGUCCCAGUCCUUUGUGGGCUGUCAGAUCUCGGAGAUCCGCAACUCAAACGGCCUGGAGGACGACAUCCUCGACAAUCCCACAGUGGAGGCACCCAAGAGUCUGGACUACCCGGUGAACCCCAUCGAUGUGGACGAGAGCCUGCUGAGUGUCCACGAGAAGGUCUCGCGCUUCACCCACUCCGCCGAGAAGGUGAAGCAGCCGCGCGUCUCUGCUCCUUUCAGUCGCGAGUUCGACACCCACGCCAGGAUCUCCGAGAACGACGAGUGCCUCCUGAGCAUCAACCAGAAAGUGGACAAGUUCCUGCGCACGGCUGAGAAUGUGACGCGGCCGGCUUCGCUGUCUCCGCGAUCGGAAAUCGAGCGUCCCAGUAGGGAGGACAUCGACGAGGAGCUGCUCGAAGACGACUGCACCCUGUCUGUCUCCCAGAAGGUGAGCAAGUUCAUCGACACCGCCGAGAAGCUGGCUCCCACCGUGCCCCAGAAGUCGCCGCGCCUGGUGGCCAACAUAGAACGGCACAUCUCCCGCCAGAGUGAGCCGGAGAAGGACCUCGACGAGGAAUCGGAGCCGGAGCUGGAGCGGGAGACCGACGAAGAGAUCGAGGAAGUAACCAGUCACCUGGAAGAGGAGAAGGAGAUCCGGCACACGGUCACCCGAAAAGAGACCAUCAAGGAGACUAAGCAGGAGACUAAGGAGACCCGCAGGAGCUCCAAGGACGAACCGAAAAAGGUGCCUCAAAGGGAGCUCAAGAAGGAACCCACUUCCAAGCCCAAAGAAGAGCCUGAGAAGGACACCAAGAAGCCGGGCAAGGUACCUCAUUGGGAGCCCAAAACUAAGCAGAUCACUCCCAAGGACACGAAGCUCCCGCAACGAGAGAACCUCUGGGAGCCCAAGAAACCCGCCCAGAGCAAGCCCAAGGAGGAGCCCAAGAAGGACACAAAGUUGCCACAAACGAAGCUCCGAGAGGAGCCCAGGAAGCUGUCGCAAAAGGAGCCGCGUAAGGAGCUCCCGAAACAACCGGAAGAAGAGCCCGAACUGUCUCCAGAAGAUGAGGUAGACGAGGAGCCGCAUCCCAUGACCAAGACCCACACCACAGCCAUCGAAAUGAAGCGUCAAAAGGAUAUCCUUUCGCGUCCUUCGGUCUUCAGUCAGCGCACUCCCGAGCGCAAGCCCUCGUAUCCUUCCUCGCCGACGAAACUGAAUGGCAGUCGUCCAGGACGACCGAGUCCCAGCACCAGUCUGAUCACCGAGGAGAAGCGAUCCUACAGGAAUCAGGUGGUCACUAAUCCGAGCAAGCCGGUGGCCAAGAAACCGACUCCCUCGGCCCAGUCGCCCACUUCCAAGACAGCCAGUUUGUCCACAAAGCGAGUGGAGCACAUAACCCAGCAGCAGUGGGUCGUCCAGGACGUGGAUGUGGACGUGGAAGUGGUUGGACCUGCUCCACCAUCCCACACCGCCGAGAAGCCCCGAGGAAAGAGUCCAUCGCCCAGCCGUUCGCCGUCACGAUCACCCUCCCGCUCGCCCAGUAGACGCACCUCCAGCACCACCACCACGACCACAACCACCACCACUGAGCACCAACGUCCCCCAAGCAAGACCGCCACCACCACUCCCCGACCGACAUCGACUCCGACACCGACUAACCUGACCAGAGCCGAACCCGAAAUCAUGCCCAUUGAAUCCCUUACAGAAAAGAGCAGCACCACCACCACCACAACCACCACCAGCACCUCAGGACGUUCGGUGGCCAACCAGAGGAACGUAUUCGAGCCCACGGCCCCGCAGGAGACUCCAGAGGGGCGUCGUCCCUCGUACAUGGACCACACGAAGAGUUCCCUGGAGCACAUCCGUCGGGACUCCCUGGAAAUCAACAAGAGCCACUACUCGAGGAAGUCCUCCGUGGAGGACGAUUCUCCGGCCGAGCCACGCAACCCCAACUCUGCUGUUAAGUUCGAUGUGCCCCGGAAGGGGUCCCAAGAGCCACGGAAGCCAUCCCUGAAGGGCAGGGAGGACGACUCCGACCUGGAGCUGGAGAUCGAGGAGAUCUUCGACUUGCAGCGCCUGGAACAGUUGCUGGAAACGGUGUCCAGCUACGAGAUGCGCCGCAGGAUCCGCGCCCAAAUGCGCCUCAUCCGGAAGAACAUGAUCAACGCCGGCAGCAUCACCAGUACCACCACAGUGACCACCACCAGCACAUCCUCCUCCCCGGGCAAGAGCUCUCCCUCGCCCAAGAGGCGCGACCAGAGUCCUCUGGGAAGUCCCGAAAGCAAGACCACUAGUCGCACCACCACCUCCAGUCGCAAGCAGCGAGCGGAGCAGGUGGACAGCACCACCUACUGUCCCGGGAAGGUGUCACCCACUGGCAAGCCGCCGGUGAAGCCGCGCGAGAGGAGCGCCAGUCCCGCCCAGAAACGAAGGACUAGUCCGCCCGGGAAGCAGUCGCCGGUCGGUGGCAGCACCACCACCACAACCACAAAGGUCACCACCACCAGCACCACACGCGGGGCGCCCGGCAAGCCAUCGCAGGGGCCCAUCUGGGCGGAUCGCUCCAAGGUACUGAAGGGUCAUGCUCCGAUCAGCCAAACGAAUGGCAGCACUCCCCGCAAGGGAUCCACUUCGAGCACCACCUCGACUUCCACCAGCGGCAAGAUCACCCGGACGAUGACCAGUUCCAGCUCCACCACCAGCAGCACCACCAACUCCCGGAGCAAGCAGCGCGAGGAGGACUCCAUCACCUCCAGCUACGGCGUGGGGCCGACGGACGAGAACGGACUGCCGGUCUUCGGCUUGAGGGCCCUGAAGAAGAAGUCCACGCCCCCGGCAGACGAGCCCUGUGAGACCAAGCAAGAAGUCACAGGCUAUGUGAUCGAGGAGCAGUUCUACUCGGACAACAAGUCCCCGCCACGUCAUGAGCGCAAGGAGCUGAUCUACUCCAGCAAUCCGGAGGAACUGGCCGCCAUCAAGCAGAAGCUGCAGGACGAGGACCAGGACGAUGGCUCUGUGCCGCAACUGGACUCCCGCCUGGUCAGAGAAUUCAAGAAAGUGGAGGCUCAGUCGCAGUCUCUGCCCCCGGAGGACGCCAGGUACGUGCGUCGGGGAUCCGUGAAGGAGCUGAGCGAGAAGUUCAUCCGCAAGGAGUCCUCGUCCUCCACCCACUCCUCCACGCUGAUGCGCAACGAGGACGAAACGGAGGACGACAGCGAGUCCACGGAGGUGUGCAGCGUCAUCGAGGCGCCACAGAUGCGCCAGAGCCACGUGUCGAGCUCCACCCGGUCCAGCAACACCCGAUCCUUCCUCAAUGCCAGUGCCGAUGAGCGCCAGGUGACCAGUGUGGACGAUGUCCUGGAACGCAUGCGCAAUGCGGAUAAUGUUGAGGAGCCUGGAGACUCCAGCGAAGAUCGCGAGGCACGUGCUCUGCUGAACAAGUUCCUGGGCGCCAGUGUCAUUAUGCAGGGCGUGGAAAGCAUGCUGCCCCCCGCGGCAACAGGACAACGUCUAAACAGUCAAGGGGUGAAGACCACGCGGAUAACCAAUACCUAUAGCAGCAGCAGCAAAUCGGGGAACAGCACUACCAGCACUAGCAACAACAAGGUCAGCAGUAGCAGCUCCUCAGCACCAGUUACCCGAACAACUUGUGACAUCGAGGAGAUUUGGGACGAGCAGAUCCUCAAGCAAUUGCUGGAACAGGCGUCCACCUACGAGGAGCGUCGCAAAAUACGAGCACGUCUACGCGAACUUAUGGCGGAACGCGAAGAGAAAAAGAAUCCAAAGCAGGAGCAGAAGCCGGAGGAGGAGGAGAGCAGUGCCAGCGAGUAUGAGGAGAUCAUCGAGGAGGUAACCGACUACAGCGACGACGAGGAAGAGGAGCCCAAGAAGAAGGAGCCAUCCAAGAAGGAGGAGCCAUCCAAGAAAGAGGUAGAGCCCGCCAAGAAGGAGCUCCCAUCCAAGCAAGUGGAAAAGAAGCAAGCCACCGAUACUGUUACCAAGAAGCUGGCCAAAGUUGAGCUCGCCAGCAGCUCCUCCACUUCCACCUCCACCACUUCCAAGUCCACUUCCACCACAGACGGUGUUCAGUCGGUGCAGGGUGAGUCCCUGCCAGCAGGACCCAAGAAAACAGGAGCAACACCAUCAGGAUCAGGAUCAGGAUCAGUCAGCAGUAGCUUAAGUAGUAGGAAACCCAGUAGUCUUAGCAGUAGCCAGGUUAGCACAGUGGUUAGGGCCAGGGACAAAGCCAAGCUGGAGACGAUGCCAGUGACGCCGGGAUCACAAACGGCAGUAGGAGCAGGAGGAGCACCCACUCGCUUGAGUGUGCCGUCCAAAGAGGAUUCGGGCACAGAAAGUGGCGAGGAUCUGCGCCUCCUGGCAGCUGGAUUGCGUGACACCCUGCAGCAGCGUAGUGGUAGCGAUGCCAGCGAAGCCAAUCGCAGCCUGGUCGAGGAGGUGACCGAUGCCCUCAGCCGCCUGGAGAGCAGCCUGAAGCAGGGCAAGGAGCUGGCCGUCGACGGUGGCCAGCGGCAGGCGCUGCUCGGCCUGGUGGCCCGCCUCCAGAGUGGACUCAGUGCGCCCGAGAAGCUGGCGGAGGAUCAGGCGACAGCCCAGAAUCAUCCGCCCGAGGAGGGCGAGGCCGGCAGCCCAGAACUCGAUACGGAUUCCAGCCGGCAAUCCAGAUUCGCGAAGCGAAGGCAACGAACCAAUCGACACACCGUCGGCGUCAGUCGCGAGGAGCUGGCGGACGCGCGGCGGUACAUGGAGGACAUGCUGAUGCUGGAGGGCAAGGAGUUUGCCCUGUCCAAGACCCCCAGCUCUGGGGCAGUUCCCGUGCAGCUCUAUCGGCCCAAUCAGUUCGUUCCAAGCAGCCAACCCCCCGCAUCCAAUCCAACCAGUCCAAGUCAACCCACUCCGCCGGCCCUGAAUCCCAGCCAGAGUCCGGCCCAACUGAGACCCGGAACGGCCAACCGACGUCCUCUGUCCGGGGACUAUGCCGUCAGCUUCGCCAACUACGAGGCGAACCAGAGUGGCCAGAAUUCGAGUCCGGAGGGAGCGAGUGGCACCUCGCCCAGCAGCAACUCGCAGGGCAACUCCAAUUCCAGCACCAUUUCCAGCCGGUUCGGCGGCGGCAAGAAGCACCUGAUGAAGCGGGCCAACACCAUCGACAUACCCAAGGCCAAGGCCAAGUACAUGGCCGAGUGCGACUCCGACUCGGAUCUGGAGGACGACCACGGUCCGCACCUGGGCCUCAAGCGGACGGUGCAGGUGAGCGUGAAGCGCAAGGUCCACAACGCAGUGCCGCCGUUCGAGCCGAAGACGGAGAACGACCACAAGUUCCUGGCCUUUAUCAACAAGCAGAGCCAUCAGUCGGGGCUGGGGUGGGGCGGUGGCGGCGGACGCAGUGUCUCCAACUGGACGCACAAGUUCGGCAACAUCAAGCACACCUUCGAGACGGGUGCCGCCGCCACGGUGACGAAGGGCAAGCCGCCCCAGGUGCCGGGACAUGUGCCUGGGUGGGCCAAGCAGGAGCAGCUGCAUCAUCAGCAGCUCCAGCGAGAGCAGAUGCAGCGAGAACAGCUCCAGCGCGAGUAUCAGCGGGAGCAGCGGCAGCGAGAGCAGCGGGAGUUGCAGGCCCGAGACUUGAAGCAGCGAGAGCAGCUGAAACGGGAACAGCAGCAGCGAGAGCAGUUCCAGCGAGAACAGUUCCAGCGAGAGCAGAGCCAGCGGGAGCAGAACCAGCGAGAGCUGUCCAAGCGAGAGCAGUUCCAGCGAGAACAGCUGCAGCGAGAGCAACUGCAGCGGGAACAGCUGCAACGAGAGAAACUCCAGAGAGAGCAGCUCCAGCGGGAGCAGUUGCAGAGAGAGCAGCUGCAACGAGAGCAGCUCCAGCGGGAGCAGUUGCAGAGAGAGCAGCUGCAACGAGACCAGAUCCAGCGAGAGCAGCUGCAGCUCCAGCAGCAGCAGCAAACCGCGGCGGCCGUGCAGAUCGAGCGGCAGCGCCGCCAGGAGCUGGAACGGCAGCUGCGACUGGAGAAGGAGGCGCGCUACGAGCGGGAGGAGCGCAGUCGCCUGGAGCGGGAGUACUACGAGCAGCAGCUGCAGCGGCAGCAGGCGGAGCGGCAGCUGCAACUGGAGAAGCAGCGCCAGCAGCAGGAGCAGCUGGAGCGCCAGAGGCGCCAGGAGAUGGAGCUCCGGCUCCAGCAGCAACGGGAACAGGCCGCCCAGGUGAACAACUUCAUCCACGCCCCGCAGUCCGUCUUCCGGCCCAUCGAGCACGAGUCGCAGCCCCAGCCGGGGAUCUACAAGCCCAUCGCCCAGAAGUCCCAGCCGAGUGCUUCGGUCUGGAAGCCACCCACGCAGCAGCAGCAGCCGGCCCAGUCGCAGCAACACCUGCAGGCCAGAUCGGCGCCCACCUACAGCAACACCCCGUCCCCGUCCUCGACGGCCACCUCGCCGAUCGGCCUGCCCUGGGUGGCCAAGCCGAAGGUGGACAACAGCGACUUCCGGCGCAAGGCCCACCACUUUGAGGAGCGCUCCUUGAGGGACAAUCUGGAGCAGCACCACCAGCAGCAGCAGCAGUCCUACUCCAAUGGCAAUCAGGGCUACCUGCAGCGACACAACUCCCUGCGAUCGAAGGCACCGCCCCCGGCUCUGAGUGAGUUCAAGAAGCGGCCGUCCCUGCCGAAUGCCAUGGAGCCGGGAUCGGGGGCACCACCGCCAGCGAGGCAGCAGCUCUAUCAGGCGCCACCUCCGCCCACGAACAUCUCGUUCACGUACGCGGAUUUCCCGCCGGUGAGGCGGCACCAGGGCGGCAGUGCCCACGCCUACCGGAGCCAGCCCUGCCUGACCAGCGCCGUGGAGCAGGCGGAGGCUCUGACGAACCCGCUGGGAGCGCCACUGGUACUCACCAGCUCGAAUCCCACGUAUCUACCGCCACCGGGACAGCGGAGAUUCGAUUACAUCAGCAGUCCCGUGGACGUGGACGGGGAGAGUCCGCCGAACAGUCCCACCAGCUUCCUCACCAUGCCCAAUCCCAGCCUGAUGACGGACAACACGGACGAUGAUCUCGACCUGGACUCGGACAACAACAUGCUGGAGUACCGGGCGGAGACGAAGGUGAUGCGGAAGCCCAGGAGCCAGACAGCUGUGAGGGUGGCCGAUCGCCGGAACGCCCACAUGAGCGAUGACGAGGUCUACGGUCGCAAUUCCAGGGCAGCCAAGUCGCUGCUCCACACGAUGAAGCAACUGGGCGGGAGUCCCGGAGCUCCGACCUCCGGAAGAGCGCCAGCACCAGCUCCCGCUUCAGCUCCAGUCCAGCAGAAGCGUCAACCACUGACGGCACCGAGCUCCCCGAAGGCGGGAUGUCUGUCACCCGACGGCCGGCAAUACCAGGCUCCGUUGGUGGAGCCUCUCUUCCCGCAGCUGAACUUUGAACCUAAGCGCCAGCCCCAAUACCCUGCCACGCCACCGACUUCGGGGGUAUCCACUCCGCAGGUCAAUUACCAGGCGAAUCCCACGUACACGCCGCCCAGAACCCAACAGGAGUCCAACUCGUAUUUGGGGGAAACGCACACCUCGUAUGUGGUGACCUAUCCGAUGGAUGAUUCCGGCGAUGAACCGGAGCCAGAAUCCCUGGCCAUGUCUCAGCGUAUACGACGGACAUCGGAGCACUCGAACGCCAGCUCCUCGCUGUCCCUGGGCAGCACCAGUUGGACGGCGAACCCUGUGCACAGCGUAGGUCCUCCCGUAGAUCGUAGCACCAAGCCACAGGUGCAGGUGACCCCGAAGGUCCCGCCACAGCAGCUGCCGAAGCAAAUGCCGCAACAAAUACCACAACAGGUGCCACAGAAGGCGCCACAACAGGUGCCUCAGUUGCCUCAGCAAGUGCCUCAGCAGGUGCACCAGCAAGUGCCUCAGCAGUUGCACCAGCAAGUACCUCAGCAGGUGCACCAGCAAGUGCCUCAGCAGGUGCCCCAUAAAGUACCCCCACAGUUGCCACAACAGAAGCCUCAACCCUUGCCCCAGAAACUGCCCCAACAACUGCCUCAGCAAAUACCUCUGCCGCCUCCCAAUCAGACACCCACCACGCCCAGCAGCAGACCUCGUCUCAGUGCCCGGAGCCACACCAUCCAAGGCGACAGCAGCUACGAGAACCGACCGCUCCAGAACCGUGUCAUGUCCCAGCAGACCCUCCUCCAGUCGAGCAGCAUCUCCCAGAAACAGCAGAAGGAGCAGCACAUCAGCGAGCUGCGCCGCAAGAGUCUCGGCAAUGUCCUGGAGAGCAGCCAGCGGAGCACCUACUUCGAGCAGCAGCACCAGGAGUACAAGUCCUCUGCCCCGCCAGAUACGCCGGACAUCGUCAAGUCCUCGCUGCCCAAAGAGAACGCCCCCUUGCUGAAGAAGUUCGGCCCGCCCCAGAGACAUCACUACGUCCCGAAUGCGUACCAGAGUCCUCAGGUGAACAAGCAGGGAAGCACCACGACUUCCAGCAUCACUGUUUCCACCACCAGCACCACGGUGGUGCAGCAGCAGCAGCAGAUCAAGCCUAGCAUUGUGGAGACACCGGCCACGCCACAGCCCCAGGUGCCGCCCGAAGACGAGAUCCCCCACAACAUCGUCUUCAACAACGUGAGCGCCUUCACGUCGCUGAGCCGGCGCCACCAGGAGGAGGACACCCACCAGCAGCAGUCGGCCGGAUCGCGGGUGAAUCGGCUGAGCAAGUGCGACUCCUGGAACCAGAUCUGCCAGCUGCAACAGCAGACCCAGCCCGCGCAGCAGUCCUACAACCAGCCCGGAUCUCAGGGAGGCGGGGAGCUGAGAAGGACCAAGUCGGGACACUCGCUGGCAGUUCCGAAGCUGUACGAGGCCGGCAUCGACAAGGCCCAGAUCAGCGAGAAGCAGCGCACAGUGGCGGCCUACUUCUCCGGCCAGAAGUCCCCCAACAGCCAGGUGGAGGAGCUGCGUCAAAUGACGACCGCCACGUCCCGGAAAUCGGCCAUAAAUCGCACCAAGACGAGCGAGAAGCUGUCGGCGGCCGCCCGGAAGUCCCUCAGCUCCCUGACCAGUUCCAAUGGCAACAUGUCCGCGGUGGGCGUGUCCCGGGGCGGGGGGGCGCCCAUGAUCGGCGGAGGACUGAGCCGGAGCGCCACCAUGCCGCACAUCGCGAAUCUGAAUCUGCUGGACGAGAGCAAUGUGGAGGACGCCUUCGAGCAGCUGAUGAUGGCCCAACACAAAAGCUCCUCCUCGUCCAGCGAACAGCGAACGGAGACCAAGUCCUCCAAGGAUGGCGGUAACACAGUGACCACAACAACAACCAAGGUUACCACACGCACUGUUAGCGGCAGCGCCGCCUCCAAAAAUAUUUCGCCCUUGGCCAAAUUCAAGCAAUUGGAUAAACAGGCCGCCGCCCAACAGGCACAAAAAUCAUCUCCAACAACAACAAGCACACCCACCACCCCAGGCGGUUCGGCACAACCGUUAUUCAAAUUUACCGAUCCGGCAUUAAAUGCGCGCGCCGCCACUGUCAAGGAUCAACUUCUGCAGUGGUGUCAGCAUAAAACGCAGGAAUAUGAGAACGUCCAAAUAACCAACUUUAGCUCGAGCUGGUCAGACGGCUUGGCCUUUUGUGCGCUGAUCCACCAUUUCUUGCCAGAUGCAUUUGAUUUCUCCAAACUAACCAAGCAGACGCGCCGCCACAACUUCGAGCUGGCCUUCAGCGUUGCUGAUGAGAAGGCUGGCAUUGCUCCCUUGCUGGAUGUGGAGGACAUGGUGGAGAUGAGUCGUCCGGACUGGAAGUGCGUGUUCGUCUACGUGCAGAGCAUAUAUCGCCGGUUCCGGAACUGCCAAUAGAUCCCAGAUCCAGUCCACCAAAAAAAAAAAAGAAAAUAAAACAGCAGUCAGUCCAAAUCUAAUAACAAAGUCAGCAGCAGCUCAACGGCAACAGCAGCAACUCAUUAAAUUUUAAGCAGAAUCCCUUUGGCAUUUCUACUCCCCAUUAUCCCUAAAAUGUCCUGCAAAUAUCUAACUGUAUAUCGGCAUAUGUAUGAUAUAUAACCAUUAUCUAUAUAUAUUUCUUUAACUGAAACUGAAGCGCAAAUGGCAGCGCAGGCUCGUCGAACUUGAAACAGCCGACUCUUUGUACGUUUUUUGUGUUUGUUUUACUUUUUUUACUAUUAUUACGAUUACGCAUUAUUAUUUGUUAUCGAACUUGAAGCAGAAAAACUAUGCAAUAAUUGUUGAUUUAUAUAUAUAAACAUUAUUUUUUUUACAUUAAUUUUAAAUUGUGAAGCCACCCAUCGAGGUGCACAAGAAAUAAUAAUAAAGAAAGAAAGAAAGCAGUGCAGUUACUAACCCUGCUGGCGAAUCGGCAAUCGAUCAUAAAUGGAUCAUAUUUUACCACAAUAUAUAUACAAAUAUAUAUAGAAGAAUCGGUGCCGUUGCUCACUUUGAGGAUGAAUUACUGUAAUAAUAAACAUAUAUAUAUUUUAUGUACGUAUGUGUAACGAGAACGAAACAUUUACUAACCGAUGCCACUCGAAAGGCCGCAAACAAAAUCAUAAAACAGCAAAUGAACUCAA